CGCGCGAGUCGAGACUAGAAACUAGAUCUGGCAACAAAGCAGUUGGUCGACAGUAUAAUUUCGGCUUUUCUGUUGCUCGUCCAUUGAAUUUCCUCUGUGUCAUCAUGGAGGAUAUGUGUGUGGUUUUGCCCGAAAGAACGGAAGAAGCUAUUCCCGAUUUCAAACCAAAUGUCAACCUACUAAUUCCGACCAUCAAUGAAGCUCUUGACAUCGACGAUCUUUACACUAAAUAUAAGAAAUUGCAAAUGCAAUUAGAAUCGUUGACUGUGCAAGAAGCCUACAUUAAAGAUGAACAAAGAAAUCUGAAGAAGGAGUAUCUGCACGCUCAAGAAGAAGUGAAACGAAUUCAGAGUGUCCCCUUAGUUAUUGGUCAGUUUCUUGAAGCUGUUGACCAGAAUACCGGGAUUGUAGGCAGCACUACUGGGUCCAAUUACUUUGUAAGAAUUCUCUCAACUAUUGAUAGGGAACUCUUAAAACCAUCAGCAAGUGUUGCACUGCACAAGCACAGCAAUGCUCUUGUUGAUGUACUUCCACCAGAAGCAGAUUCCUCAAUUUCAAUGCUUGGAGCAGAUGAGAAGCCUGAUGUGUCUUAUGCUGACAUUGGUGGAAUGGACAUGCAGAAACAAGAGAUGAGAGAAGCAGUAGAGCUUCCACUAACACAUUUUGAGCUUUAUAAGCAAAUUGGUAUUGAUCCACCAAGAGGUGUUUUGAUGUAUGGUCCUCCAGGAUGUGGCAAAACCAUGUUGGCUAAAGCAGUGGCACAUCAUACAACAGCUGCCUUCAUUCGCGUUGUAGGAUCAGAGUUUGUUCAAAAGUAUCUAGGUGAAGGUCCUCGUAUGGUCCGUGAUGUCUUUCGCCUUGCCAAGGAGAACUCGCCUGCAAUUAUUUUUAUUGAUGAGAUCGAUGCCAUUGCGACAAAGCGUUUUGAUGCUCAGACUGGUGCCGAUCGAGAGGUUCAACGUAUUUUGCUAGAAUUAUUGAAUCAGAUGGACGGAUUUGACCAGACCACAAAUGUUAAAGUUAUCAUGGCAACGAAUCGAGCAGAUACUUUGGAUCCUGCUCUUCUCCGUCCUGGUCGACUGGAUCGUAAAAUUGAAUUCCCACUGCCUGAUCGGCGUCAAAAGCGGUUGGUUUUUGCGACCAUUACGGCCAAGAUGAAUCUGAGUGACGAGGUAGAUCUGGAAGACUUCGUUGCCAGGCCGGACAAGAUUUCUGGUGCAGAUAUUAACGCAAUCUGUCAGGAGGCUGGUAUGCAUGCAGUUCGUGAGAAUCGCUACAUCGUACUGGCCAAAGAUUUCGAAAAGGGAUACAAAAACAACAUUAAAAAAGACGAAGCGGAGCACGAGUUUUAUAAAUAAAUUCUCUUUUUUUGUAUCUAAACAACAAAACAAACAAUACACAUCAGAUUCUGUUCGAAAAA